AUGAACUCAGAUGGAAGUGAUGGCAGCGACAGUGAGAGUAGCAGUAGUAGUAGCGAGGAGUCUAGUGAUGACAGUAGUGAAGAUGAAAAGUCAAGAAGGAGUGUCAUCUCUGGACGCAAGAUCAAACUAAAGAUCAAGAAGACCAAAGAUGACAAACAGAAUGACAACAAGAGGAAGGAUUUGUUAAAGUGGCUAAACUCAUCAUAUGAAUGA